AUGGGAAACAAUCAACAACCCACAUCCCAACCACCAGUUUUAAAAGAUGGCGCUCUUCCGAGUGUUAGUACUCCAUCAUCAGCAUGUUAUGAACGCACAUUAAUGCAAGAAUAUUUUCCUAAUAAUUGUAAAUUAAUUCGAGUUUGUGAUCAUGAUGAAGAAAAUCGAAGGAAACAAGAGGAGAAUUUGAAGAAUUAUCGGGAGAAAUACUUGUCUCGAUGUAAUGGAAUAUUGGAGAAGAUGUUACCUGAGGAAAUUAUUGUUGAAAUUUUGUAUUACUUGCCAAUGAAGAGUUUGAUCAAAUUACAAAUGGUUUCAAAGAAUUUUCGCUUGUAUUGGACUGAACUUCCUGGAUUGUGGGAUAAAUUUUCAGAUUAUCCCAAAAUGAUGUAUAUUCCAAUGGUAUACGAAAGUAUGAGAAGUAAUUUUGGAUAUUAUAAUGAAUUUAGACAAAAAUUAAUUAAUUUACAUGAAAAGCCAACACGAAAUUUUGAUUUUACUGGAUAUCAAUACAAAGCCAUCGUUUUGGGAGAUAAAAAGUGUGGGAAAACCAUUUUGCAUAACAGAGUCUUCAAAGGCGAACCAUUUUCUCAAGAAUAUGUCUAUACGAUCGGAGUAGAUUUUUCUACCACAAUUUCCAAACAAAACAUAUACAUUCAAUCUUGGGAUACAGGUGGAGAUGAAAGAUUUAGAACAAUUAAUAUCAAUUUCUUUAGGGGUAUGAAAGGCCACUUUUACUGCUUUGAUUUGAAUAAUCACGAGUCAUUUGAAGUAAUGAAGGACAUUUUUCAAGAUUGGAAGAAUGUAUAUCUCAAAGGUGAAGACCUUAGUUCAUAUUUUACUAAGAUUUCAUUCGCAUUGGUGGGAUUGAAAUCAGAUUUGGAACGCAAAGUAUCAAGAGAUGAAAUUCAUGAAUUCUUGGAAAAUAUUGAACCACUGAAGGAUAAGACUUUGCACACCAGUAGAGUCCAAUACUUUGAGUUGAGUUCUAAAGAAGAUUCAAUUUCAGAUUUACUUUUUCCAUUUGUCUAUAGUUAUCAUAAUGUAAUGGAAAUACCAAGGCAAUAUUCAACAAGUAUAAGUGAAAUGUAAACAAGAUGAGAUGUCAAUAGUUUCGGUAUUGAAAUUAUUUACAAAUAAGAGAACUAAACCACAAUACACUGAAUAAGGAAUAUUCAAACACUUAGGGUCAAAAAUCCGAGUUUUAAUUAAUAUCAGCUUGAAAGAUCAUAAUUGUUUUAUUAAAUCAUUAAGAACUGAACAAAGACCACUAAGCACAAUACUUCAGUAACAAAAUAGCUAGCAUUAGCAACAGAAACUCUAUCCGAUUUUCCAGGUGAACCCCUUCUUGAUGGUUCUGGAAUUGGUUGGGAAGUACUACUUUUUGGUUGUGGAAUAGAUGGUUGUGGAUUAACAGGACUCUCUCCAUUACAAUUCAUCUCAUAAGCUCCAAUAUCUGGUGCCUUUCCAUAAUAAGGCAUUCCAACAUUAGUUCCCUUAUCAAUCAAUGUAAUGUUGCUGUCACAUCUCAAUCU